AUGAUAUAUUUCCAUAAAGUUUUAGAAGAAUUUAAAAUUGAAGAAAACAAAGUAGAGAAACGAAAAACAAAAUUGGUUAAAGAUUUUGAAGAUAACACAAGAAAAAUAAAUGAAUUAGAAGCUAAAAUUUUAACUAUGGAAAAAUAUGAAAAAACAUUAACCAAUUUUAAAAAACAUAUUUUAAAAGAAAAAAAUUUCUACAAAAUGGAGAUUGAUAAUUAUGAAACAACAUGUAAAGAAAUAUAUACACAAUUUAAUAAUUCUUUAGAAAAUUGUGUUUACAACAAAUGCAACGAAAUCAAUGAAAAUAUUAAUAGAAUUUUUGAUAAAUUUACAAAAAAAUCUUUAGAAAAUUAUAAAAAUAUGGAAACAUUAAUUAAUAAAUAUAAACCACAAUAA